CACAAAGAAUAGUGUUCAGCAUUUCUACAUCCAAUGAAUUUAAGAAUUGACAGGGGAAUAAAAAAGUGUCAUAAUAAUUAAUGCUUUUCAACAAUUUCACAGUAGAAAUAAAAAAGUCAAACUCGAUACAAAAAAACUGUUAAUGUGGGAGAUGAUUUAGCAAAUUUCUGUUUGUGUAUGUAAAACUUUGACAAUAAAAUAAAGAGAUUACCAAUAUAUUCAAGACAUUUGUUGGAUUUGUUUUCAUAAUAAAAAAAUAAUAUAUUUUAAUGUAAAUUAAUAACUAAGUUUUGUCCUUUUUUGAUAAACACACGUGAAAAUGUGACGUCACCAGGGAGACAUUUACGUUGGGUUAUGCCACUUUUAAGACUGGUUAUGCCUUCGGUCUUAAUUUAUAUAGUAAAAAACGUUUAUUAAAAAAAACAUUUUACUAUUAUUAUUUUUACGACGAAUAGCAGAAAUCCGUAAAACAGACGUCUUUAAAGUAAAUCUCACAUUCGGCUAAGCUAGACUCGUCUCCCCUCUUUUCAGCGAGAUGGUACAUUCUAAGCUUAUCAACCGGCAAUCAAUCAACACUAGAGAAACAACCACAACACACACAGCAUCUUUACUCUUAAACAUGGGCUCACACCUGCUACCCGCUGUGAGCCGCAUUUCGGAAAGUAAAUAAAUGACUUUCUGCCACCUCGAGACGAUAUCAAAAGAAGCUGUGAACAGAAUGUGAACGUUUGAACUUUUAGCAAGUUGCACGACGAGUCCAGGCAAACAGCAGCGUGGCACACAAAGAGCAGAUAUGAGCCGCCGCGAGCAAGACGCGGUUUCCCGGACGAGUUUAUCCAGUCAAGAGGCGGACUCAUGAAUCGGAAGAGGUUCGACUCAUUGUUCUGGUUCUGUUCCUCGGUGUCGCUUGGACAGUUGACACUCUAAUCGUAUGCGAUUAUGUCUGAUCCAAGUUCCUGGAGCGCGUUGCCUGGCAGCAGCAAAGCUCAUUUUGUUACAGGCGUGAUGCUCAAGCGAUCCAAAAGCUGUCGCAGCAGUAAUAGAAAGAGCCUUGGUGUUGGAACACCAUCGCCCACCCGCCCUCUUUCGCCUCUGUCCGCCCACACAGCUGCCAGCAGCCCUCUGGACAGCCCACGAAAUGUGUCCACUGCUAUUUGCUCUCUCAACUUCCCUUUCGCCCGCAGCCACCUGGCUCGAGCUGACAGAGCGGAAGGGAGACGAUGGUCUCUGGCUUCGCUUCCAUCCUCAGGUUACGGGACCAAUCCUCCCAGCUCAACAGUCUCAUCAUCUUCCUCAUCUCAAGAACGACUCCACCAGCUUCCAUACCAGCCCACACAGGACGAGCUUCAUUUCCUGUUCAAACACUUCCGAAGUUCGGAGAGCAUGACUGAUGAAGAUGGACGACCCUCCACGUUUAUAAGACCCCGGUCACGUAGCCUUAGCCCUGGACGAACUGGUGGCUCAUUUGAUAAUGAAAUUAUAAUGAUGAAUCAUGUCUAUAAGGAACGCUUUCCAAAGGCCACCGCUCAGAUGGAGGAGCGUUUGCUGGACAUCAUCAGGCACUUUUCUCCAGACAGCACCCUGCCGCUGGGAGAUGGAGUCCUGGGAUUCAUCCAGCACCAGUUGGUGGAGUUGGCAAGGGACUGUCUGGAUAAAUCCCAGAAGGGCCUGAUUACAUCUCUGUACUUCAUAGAGCUGCAAGAUAAACUGGAAAAAAUGCUGCAUGAGGCGCUGGAUCGUUCAGAAAGUGAGGAGGUCUCCAUAAUCACUCAGCUGAUCAAGAAGAUCCUCAUCAUCAUCUCUCGGCCUGCACGUCUGCUGGAAUGUCUGGAGUUUGACCCUGAAGAAUUCUACCAUCUUCUAGAAGCUGCAGAAGGUCAUGCCAAAGUUGGCCAGGGCAUCAAAACAGACAUUCCUCGCUAUAUUAUCAGUCAACUUGGACUCAACUGGGAUCCACUUGAUGAAGUUGUGCAACUAGAGGAACAGUUUGACUCUGGGCCCACGUUGACGGUUGAUUCUCAAGAAUCUGCAGAGCAGAAUAAAGUUUCUACACCACUACGGAGAAAACCACUGGAGAGUGAUUUUGAGACCUUAAAACUCAUCAGUAAUGGGGCUUACGGGGCUGUGCAUCUGGUAAGGCAUAAAGAAACUCGCCAACGAUUUGCAAUGAAAAAAAUCAACCGACAAAACCUAAUACUGCGGAACCAGAUCCAGCAGGUGUUUGUGGAGAGAGACAUCCUGACGUUUGCAGAGAAUCCGUUUGUGGUCAGCAUGUUCUGCUCCUUCGAGACACGGAGACAUUUGUGCAUGGUCAUGGAGUAUGUGGAAGGUGGUGACUGUGCUACUUUACUGAAGAACAUGGGUCCGCUUCCAGUGGAUAUGACUAGAAUGUAUUUUGCAGAGACUGUUCUGGCGUUGGAGUACCUUCACAGUUACGGCAUUGUGCACCGAGAUCUCAAACCAGACAACCUCUUGAUUACUUCAAUGGGACACAUUAAACUUACUGACUUCGGGCUUUCCAAAAUCGGACUUAUGAAUAUGACGACCAAUCUGUACGAGGGCCACAUUGAGAAGGACACCAGAGAGUUUAUCGACAAGCAGGUUUGUGGCACUCCAGAGUACAUUGCCCCAGAAGUGAUCCUUCGACAGGGCUAUGGAAAGCCAGUGGACUGGUGGGCCAUGGGAAUCAUCCUGUAUGAGUUUCUUGUGGGAUGUGUUCCGUUCUUUGGAGAUACACCAGAAGAGCUUUUUGGGCAGGUUGUCAGUGAUGAGAUUAUCUGGCCAGAUGGAGAUGAUGCCCUGCCUGUAGACGCCCAGGACAUGAUCACACGAUUACUAAAUCAGAGCCCGCUGGAGAGACUUGGAACAGGUGGAGCUCCAGAAGUAAAGCAGCAUAUGUUCUUCAGUGGUCUGGACUGGAACGGACUCCUUCGUCAGAAAGCCGAAUUCAUCCCUCAGCUGGAGGGUGAAGAUGACACUAGUUAUUUUGACACACGCUCUGAACGCUACCAUCAUUUGGCUUCUGAUGAGGAUGAAGAAACUAAUGAUGAAGAGUCUUCCUUGGAAAUACGACGGUUUUCUUCUUGGUCAAAUCGUUUUAGCAAGGUGUACAGCAGCACAGAGCACCUGGCAACCCCAUCCAACCUGAGUUUUUCCUCAGACCGCAGUCAUAGUGAAGAGAUAGAGGACCGGGCAGACACUCACUACCAUGGAGAGAUCCAACGACAGGCCUCCACUGGAGACAAGAGGCUUUCGGCGCAGAGGGCAAGCCUGCGCCCUCGAACCUCCUCCAGCUCUUCUCAGCCUGAGCGAGCUGUAAGUCCUCUAGUGGUGAGCAGCACACACAGCCUGGAGGCCAUGCCUCGUUUCGCUCUGUCCACUGAUGAUGAAGCUGAAGUUGUCGUUUCUAACCUGCGAAGAAUCAGGCUACGUAGCAACAGCACAGGAACGAAACACUCGUCUCCAAGGGAACAAGGGGGUCCUCCAUGCUUUGGAAACCAGCUGGAGACACCCGACAAACAGCGACUCUCACCAGGACGCAAAGUCCCCAAAUCCGCAUCAGUGUCCACUCUCUCACUCAUCAUUACUCCAGAUGACGGGAGUGGCAGCCUACAGGGACGCUCCAUAUCCCCUCGUUCAUUUUCCUCCAAUCCCUCAUCGCGAGACUCCUCCCCCAACCGAGACCUGUCGCUCAGCAUCAGCAGGCUCCGUCCCCCAAUCAUCAUCCACAGCUCUGGGAAGAAAUUUGGCUUCACGCUACAGACUAUUCGUGUUUACAUGGGGAACAGUGACAUCUACACCAUACACCACAUGGUCUCGGGUGUGGAGGAGAGCAGUCCUGCCCAUGAGGCUGGACUGCGAGCAGGUGAUCUGAUCACUCAUGUGAAUGGAGAAUCUGUGCAAGGUCUGGUGCACACAGAGAUGAUGGAGCUUCUCCUGAAGAGUGGUAACCAGGUGACUCUGCAGACUAUCGCACUGGAGGACACGUCUAUAAAGAUCGGUCCGGCACGCAAGAGCAGAUGUAAAGGAAAGAUGGCCCGCCGCUGUAAAAGCAGAUGGAAGGACAAUAAGGACCGGAGGCGCAACAUGCUAAAGAAGCUGUCCAAACAGAGCACAGUUAUGCACAGCAGCCGCAGCUUCUCCUCUGGCCUGCAUCACUCUGUGUCCUCCAGCGAGAGUCUGCCAGGCUCUCCUACACACAGCCUUUCUUCAGGACCCACAACACCCUGCCGGAGCCCCGUUCCUGACCACACCACUGAUACCGGCCUGCCCCAGAACGCCUCUCCAUGCUCCAGCUCUCCGAGUUCACCGGCAGUUCAGAUGCGUCCCAGUUCACUGCACGGACUCGGGUCUAAACUUGGCAACCAGCGGUACACUAAAGUGGGCAGACGGAAGUCCACCAGCAGCAUCCCUCCCUCUCCUCUGGCCUGCACCUCCUCUCCACAGGCUCUGUCACCUCAGCGCUCCCCUUCACCAUUACCCAGCAUUUCCAAAACCCUCCACUCCUUCCACGGCAAAACCCUCUCACCCCCCACCAUCAUUCGGCAUGUGGUCAGACCCCGAAGUGCAGAACCUCCACGUUCUCCUUUGCUAAAGAGAGUCCAGUCUGCAGAGAAACUUUCAGGGGCGUUAUUCGCUGACAAAAAGCCACAUGCGGCCCGUAGACACACCCUUGAGGUCCCUCAUUGUGAGCUGGACGUCUCUGGAGACGCUGAGGGAGAGGUGGCCUGCGGUUCGGUAUAUACAACAGAUCACGGCAGGCUUGGUGGAUACUUGUGUGCCCAAAGAUUAAGGGACUGGCCCAGCGAACGCAUGGAGCAGAUUGUGGUCAUGCGUAAACUCAAUCUGUCUGAACGCAGAGAUUCCUUCAAGAAGCAGGAAGCUGUGCAGGAAGUGAGCUUUGAUGAGCCGGAUGCUCCACAGACUUCCGCUCAGACAGGCACAUCUACUGGCACGCGGCCCAAGCAUAUAAUCGGCGAAUCGCAGUCGGAGGAGGAAUGUGUGGCAAGAAGAAAUCCGUUGGUUCCUCAGAUUGCUGUGCAGGGAUCUGAGAGCGAGGAAGCGGAUGAUUGGAGGCUUUGCUCAGAUGAAGAUGAAGACGAGGCUGAGGAAAACGUGUUGCUUACUCAGAAUCAGGGUGAGCCUCGGAUCGACACCGCUAACAUUUCCUCGGUUGCUACAUGUGAAGCUGCUGGAGUGAUUACAGUUACAGCAAAGCCAGAAAAUCAUCCGAAUCCUGAAAAAAGCAAACUGAUAAACAGAUAAAUGAGUCAAGGACUGUUACAGUACGUGGUUCUCCAUUUGGACUCCCCGACGCACCUGCUUGCACAUUUGAGCAGCACAGAAUUCCAACGAUUACAGAGUGAAGUAUUUUAUUAGCAUGUAAAUGGAAGUAAGCUAGUCUUACGCAGGGAAUAAUUAAGCUUUUUUUUAUUUAUUAAUAUUUAUUAGAGUACUGUUGGCCAAAAAGAAAACUAAAGUACGGUUGUUAGUCUGGUUUUCUCACUUUCUGUGAACCUGUCGAGAAGGGAAACUGAAUGAUUUUCUAUGAAAAUGUGCAAAAGCAUUGAAUUCAUUUCAUUUUCCAAGAGCUUUUCAUUUUUGCACAGACUUUGUGUACGGUUUAUAAAGCUGCGAGUUCAAAUGCUAUUUCAAUGGAAUAGUUAAGUGGUUCUUUUCAUGCAUUAUUCCACAUUCUCAAAGUGGUUCCAGAGCAUUUGCAAUCAUCCAUGCGUAAAGACGAUAACAAAAAUACUGUGGAAAGCCAAAAAGGUACUUGAAAUCUGGUAAAUGUUGGUCAAGGUGUUUAAAAAAACAGGAGAAUUUAUUGUCUAAAUGACUAUCUUAUAUCAAACCAAAUAGAUGUUUUAGAUAUUUUUUGUUACCUGUUUUUUAUUAAAAUGAAUUAAUGAAGUUUAAGAACAAAUUCUAUGAUUAUAAAUAGGGUAACAAUACUGGAAUUUGAUACCAAUCGGUACUAAAAUUUUAAAAACGUCCAUUUCCUGUGAAUAUUUGAGCGCUGUGAAGCCUGUUCUUUAAACAUCACUGAUUUGCCAUUGUGUUCACAUGCCUAACAGAAAUGACUGUGAUUGGUCGUGAAGGUCAUCGGUUCACCGAACUCACUGCUGCUUAGUGAGUGUAAUCACAGGUACAGGGACACUAGAGCAUUUCAAAGACACGUCGAUCAGCUGUAUUGACUAUAAGUUGACAUACUAGAGAUCUGCUGAUAAAUCACGGCUUUAAAACUCUCCAGUGUCUCUGUAUCUGUGGUUACACACAAUAAACAGCAGUGAGUUCGGUUAACUGAUAAACUUCACGGCCAACCACAGUCAUUUCUGUUGAGCACGUGAACACAAUGGCAAUCCAGCACUGUUGAAGAAUGCAUUCCACAGUGCUUAAAUGUUAGCAGGUAAUGGAAGUAUUUAAAAUUCCAGUACUGAUUGGUAUAAAAUUCCAGUAUCAUGACAACCCUAAUUUUAAAUAAUUAUUUUAAUUUAUAUUUAAAAUGCAGUAAAUUCCGAUCAUGAGAAGACAACUUAAAGAUGUGAAGAUCUUCUUAAAUCCAAACAAAAACGUUCAAUUUUUUUUAAGGUAAAACUUUUAACGCACAAUUAAUUGAUAGUUUCUCAAAUUGUUCCUCCUGUAUGUUUUUUUCACCCAGCUUUGCAUGUUCAGUUUACUUGCAACCUAAAAAUGUUCCCAUCACAGGGUUUAAGGUGAAUGGAACCUAUGACUUUUCUAAGAGAUAGUUAAGCAUGCAGCCUCAUGCUUCAUGCUAUCUAAAAACUUACACUGAAUAACCGCACAAAAAACAAACCACAUCAUCACGAGCUUUCCGCGGACCGUUGGCCUGUCAGGAGUUCUCACAAGCUUUUGUACUUGGGAUAAUGUUUACAUUUUUUAUAUAUUUGGAUUAUAUUUUAUAUAUUUGGACGGUGUAAAGGAAUCUGUAUGGCCUGUUUUAACUUGAUUACAAAUGAGUCAGUGGGUUGAGGUUUCAGCUUGAUCAUUGUUUUAAAGUUGAACGUGAUGUCUUUGUUUAAUAGGCAAAUCUCACCAACACUGCACACAUCGGACUGGAUGUUUGUGUUUAAAUGCAUGAGUAUCUUCCAAAACGUUUUUUCAAAAGACGUUGUUAUUUGUAUUUAAUAGGACAGUAUUUUUAUUGCAUUUAAAGUGCAUGAAUGAUGUCAGAACUUUGUUAAUAUUGGACUUUCAGAAGAACAGCACAUUUCUGUAUGGAAUUUUUAAGGUUUAUUGUUAAUUGCGACUUUUGUGUUACUUUAUGCAUCAGGCUACUGUAGUCGUAAGCACUUUUUGUGACACAAACUGGUGUAAUUUUUUAGUAGGCCGUAUUUUUCCCGCCUGUCAGACAGCCGAUUGCAUGCUGCAUGUUAAGUGAAUAUACAGUGCACGUUGACAUGGCGACCUGAGUGCAAUAUGUGUUUAAUGGUCAAGUAUAAUCAAGCAUUUGAAUUACAGUAAUGUUACUAAAAGCCUAAUGUUAUGCAGACCCUGUUGUGACAUUUUAUCCAAUCUGUAAUCACAGACUUUAGUGGAUGGAUUGUUUGUCAUGUGGAUCUGGAGCAUGUUCAGAUGAACAGGGUCACUACUGUUACAUUCACACUAAAGCUUCACAGCACUCAAAACCAUCAUAUC